AUGGCAUCAGCAAAAGUCGCUUGGAUUGGCCUGGGAAACAUCGGCCGCGGAAUGAGCCGCAACAUCGCUCUAAAAGGCCCCCAGACAUCACCCCUGAUCCUCUACAACAGAACCGCCUCCAAAGCAGCCGCCUUCGCAAAGACCAUCACCGCCGAAAAACCCCAAGCAGCGGUUGUGGCCGACUCGCCCUCCGCCGCCGUCAAGGACGCAAACAUCACCUUCAUCUGUGUCGGCGACGACCCAGCCCUCGACCAGAUCAUCGACACCAUUACCUCUGAUACCUCCAUCUCCCUCAAGGACAAAAUCAUCGUCGACUGCUCCACCGUCCACCCCGAUACCUCGCGCCGCACACACGCAACGCUCGCUUCGCACGGCGCCUCCUUCAUCGCCUGCCCCGUCUUCGGCGCCCCCAAUGCCGCAGAUGCAGGGCAGAUGGUCGUCAUCCCCGCUGGCUCCCCUGCUUCCAUUGACAAAAUCAGACCUUUCCUUGACGGCGUAACUUCAAAGGCAACACUGGAUCUCGGCCCCGAGAGCGAAAAGGAUGUCGGCCGCGCAACGCUCCUCAAAGUCCUCGGCAACACAUUCAUCCUCAACACCGUUGAAACACUCGCAGAGGGUCUCGUGGCCGCCGAGAAAUCCGGCCUGGGGACUAAGGCCUAUUCGGAGUGGGUGUCGACCAUGUUCCCCGGACCGUUUGCAAAGUACGCGGAGCGCAUGUCGUCGGGCGAGUACUUUAAGCGCGAAGAGCCGCUUUUCGCGGUUGAUCUGGCGAGGAAGGAUCUGAGGCAUGCGGCUAAUUUAGCGGAGUCGUCGGGGAUGACGCUGAAGAGUGUGAAGGUUACGGAUGACUAUUUGAAGGUUGUCAAGGAGGAGAAGGGAGAGAAGGGGGAUAUUGCGGGUGUUUAUGGGGCAAUUCGCAAGGAGGCUGGGCUUCCGUUUGAUAACGAGUGA